UUGAAGCAGGUCGGCGAUGUGUUUUGCAGACCUGCAAAAUAAUACAACGUAUUACGAGUUGUCUGUCUUUAUGCGGGACCUUUUGACUUGAUUGUGUCGCCAUUUUGUUUAAUCGUGAACAAUGUUGUUACGGCUUCAGAAGGUUGUGAUCGCUCCGCGUUUUUCCGCCGCCCCCCUCGCAGCUCGCUGGGAGCAGUGGGGAAAACAAACAGGUCUAACGGAGGAAGAUUGGUAGCCGGUUAGAUGUGGAGGCUGUUUGGGAGCGAAUGGUUCGUGUUUAUGCCGUCUGUUGCUAAUUCAAAGUUCUGUGGCUUGAGUCCCCUGCAUUCGGGACGCAGUUCGGAAGUUUUUGCCUCCCCCACCGAGUAUGUUGUCGCUUUCCAACAUUUUCGUCGAGGUUGUUGGAGCGCGUAGUCUACCCGCUGCGGUCUUGUGCCAUUCCCGACGUUUUGUUCGCCGCCGCCCGUGUUUCGACGUUUAAUGAAUUAAAGUUCCUGCUGGGAGCGCUCUGAAUACGGCGACACACUCGGCGGAGAUGCACACCAGGCGCCUGGUGAAGCGGUCGAUCCUUGGCAGCCGCGUUUAUGCGACGAGCCCGACUGGGGACGGUGCCCCGGUGACAGGAGUGGUCCAGGCUGUCAAGCAGGAAAACAGGGACGCGUCCGCCGCUGGACCCCGGCGGAGCGUGUACACCGUGCUCCUGCAGGACGGAAGCCUGAAGGAGUUCUCCGAGGAGGAGAUAGCCGCUGGAUCCAACCACACAGCGGCCAAAGGACCGCUCAAGUCCAGCCUGAAGCAAAGCUCCAGUAACGGGGUUUCAGAUGGUCACAAGUUGGAGAGAGGCUGCUGGAGCCCAGAGGCAGUGGAAGAGCAGAGGCCUGUGGACGGGAAGCGAGUUACCCGGGAUCCCGACGCCCGAUCCGUGUCCCUCCUAGAGCAGAAACGCAAAGUGGUCUCGUCCAGCAUUGACGUCCCACAUGCCAGACGGUCAGAGGAGGAGGUGGACAUGGACAAAGUGACGGCCGCCAUGGUGCUGACGAGCCUCUCCACCAGCCCGCUGGUCAGGAGUCCGCCUGUCAAAGUCAGCGAGGGCCUCAGCGGUUCGUGGAAGGACAACGGCUCCGCUGGACCCUUCACCCCGUCCAGCAACAGUUCCUCAGGAGGCUACUGGAGCUGGUCCGCGCCCAGCGACCAGUCCAAUCCGUCCACGCCUUCGCCGCCGCUCUCGGCUGACAGCUUCAAGCCCUUCCGUGUGCCAAGCGUGGGCGGCGUGGGGUCCAACCCGCCGGGGGUGGAGGACCCGAGUCUGGACGAGCAGGACGGCAGCAGUCUGCUGUUCGAUGAGCCCAUCCCGCGCAAGCGCAAGAACUCCAUGAAGGUGAUGUUCAAGUGCCUGUGGAAGAAUUGUGGCAAAGUGCUGAGUACCACUGCAGGCAUCCAGAGACACAUCCGCACCAUCCACCUGGGGCGUAACUGUGAUUCAGACUGCAGCGAUGGCGAGGAGGAUUUCUACUACACAGAAAUCAAGCUCAACACGGAUUCCGUUGCCGACGGGCUGAGCAGCCUGUCGCCUGUGUCCUCCUCCAUCCUCUCUCCCCCGCCGCCGCCCCCGUCGCCUCUGGCCCCUCUCAACCACCAGCCGGACUCCCAGCGACCCGCCCACCCGUCCGACUCCAAGGAGCCUCACCCCGGCGGCACCACCCCGCUCAGCCGCUCCGCUCCAAGCGCUCUCUACCUCAUCCACACGGACCACGCCUAUCAGGCCACAGCUCCGGUGUCCAUCCCCUCCAGCAGCAGCAACUCGUCCUCCACCAGUUUCACUCCCACCAACAGCUCCAGCUUCAGCAUCUCCUGGCAGUCUCCUCCCGUCACUUUCACAGGAAACACGGUGUCUCCCACUAAAAGCCAGGGAUUUGGAGAGCAGCGGUCCCAGACCAUCGCCGUCCUUUCGUCCCCUCCUAGAGCGACCACUGCCCUCAGCCGGAAAGUGCGCGGCGAGGGGAAGAAGUGCCGUAAGGUGUACGGGAUGGAAAACCGCGACAUGUGGUGCACCGCCUGCCGCUGGAAGAAAGCCUGUCAGAGAUUCACCGACUGAUCCCAGCCGGCCAAUGCAACGCCUCAGCAGCAGGCGCCGUAGCUGUUGGCCAGAGAAAUGUGGAGCGAGGGGGCUUCAUUUUGCAUGCAUUUGGUCUUUCUGCAGCCCAGAAUCGCAACUAUCCGUCAAGCUCCGGCCCCUCUUCCACGUUAGCGAAUCUCUUCCAGCAGCGGAGGCAAAUGAAGGAUGGCUGAGCGCCUUCUCUUUCUUUUUCUUUCCUUUUCCUUUUGUUUUUUUCCCAGUUCUGUCCAGGAUUCCUAAUUCUGCCUCCCCCAUCCCCGUCAUUCCCAGUGAAUGGGAAACCCCAGUGCAGCUAAGAGGUGUAAAAAUAGAUCUUUUCAUGUCGGGUUCAGUGUUGCAUCUUUCUAGUUUUGUACAGCUCUGGUUUUAAAUGGAGAGUCUUGUCUAAGAAGCAAUCGAGGAAAAACAAACAACAAGACCAAAAAGUGUUUUUGUGUUAUAAUGAAAAAAAAAUUCAAAAGAAGACUUUUAAUUUUUUAUCCAAAAGAAGAACAUUGGAGGAGAAUUAAUUUUAUUUUUUUGUUCUUCUUUCAACCCUUGCCCUCGUUUUGAUUCAUUUCUGGACGUUUUGAGGUCAUAUUCUAUCCCCGACAUCACAAUCAUUCCUGUUAACUUCAGCACACCACGAGAACGCAAGGGGAUUGGAUAAAAGGUGGGAACGAGAAGGAAGUGAAAGACACACGAGGUGAAUGAUCAAUGCAAACUUAAGUCAGGGAAAACAGAUGGACCACAUCACACUUAAACGAACAAUAACCUGCUUAUUCAAGUCAUUUCCUUCCUGUGGUUCAGGGAUGUGAUUCUCAAGGUGAAAGAACCAGCAGCUUAAACGUCGGGUUUAAGCUCCUGAGAUGGAGCUGCUUCCAUCUCAGCAGCUUCUGAACUUUGUACCAAAAUCUCUUUCCUCUGUCAUGUUGUUCAUGGAUUGUUUUGUUUUUUUGUUUUGUUUUGUUUUGGGGUUUUUUGUUUUUUUUGGGGGCUUUUGUUGCUGUGCCAUGUUUACUUCUUCUUUUAAGCAUGCUGCUUCUUCUCUCGUUUUAAUGGGAUCAAUCUGAAGAUUUUAAACAAAGCGCGUUCUAAAAAACAACUCCCUGGCAGCUCUUGGAGUCGCACCAUUAAAUGAGCAACAUGUUUUCACCACAUGCAGAGAUGAGUAACCCUCUCCCUCCAGUACUUUUCGCAGUGUUCCAAAGGGAACCGCUAAAACGGGAAACUUUUGUUUACAAAUGCUACAAAGGUGCAUCUUUAUUAUCUGUAAGCAAAAGCGAGGAGGGCUGAAAACCAAAAGAAUUGCACUAAU